GAUGAGCGCAUGCGCGGGGCGGUCCCGGUGGGGCGGUGGGCAGGAGGCGGUUGUACCGUAACGGGAAGGGCGGCGCGCCGCUGCGGCGCCCGUUUCCUCCGUCGCGUCUCAGAGGCUGAGGCGUCCGGGGCCGGGCUCACCGGUGGCUGGGGCGGCGGUGAUGGCGUACUUCGUGGAGAGUUUCUGGGGGGAAAGGAACAAUGGCUUUGAUGUCCUCUAUCACAACAUGAAACAUGGACAUUUGUCAACAAAAGACCUAGCAGAUUUUAUAAGAGAAAGGGCUACAAUAGAGGAGGCAUAUUCAAGGUCAAUGACAAAACUGGCCAAAUCAGCAAGCAAUUACACACAGCUUGGGACAUUUGCACCAGUCUGGGAUGUUUUCAAAACCUCAACAGAAAAACUCGCAAGCUGUCACUUGGAUCUUGUGAGGAGAUUACAAGAACUAAUAAAAGAAGUUCACAAGUAUGGAGAUGAACAAAUUAAGUCCUAUAAAAAGACUAAAGAAGAUGUUUCAGGAACAUUGGAAGCAGUGCAAAAUAUUCAAAGUAUCACUCAGGCCUUACAGAAAGCAAAGGAAAACUACAAUGCAAAAUGUGUCGAACAGGAACGUUUGAAAAAGGAAGGAGCAACCCAGAGAGAAGUUGAUAAGGCAACAGUUAAAUCAAAGAAAGCUACAGAUACCUAUAGACUAUAUGUGGAGAAAUAUGCUGCAUUUAAAUCUGAUUUUGAACAGAAAAUGACAGAAACUGCACAGAGAUUUCAAGACAUUGAAGAAACACACCUUCUUCGUAUGAAAGAGAUUAUAGAAUCAUUGUCAAAUACCAUAAAAGAAAUUCAUUUACAAAUAGGAGAGGUGCACGAAGAGUUUAUUAAUAACAUGGCAAAUACUACAGUUGAGAGUCUAAUACAGAAAUUUGCUGAGUCAAAAGGAACUGGCAAGGAAAGACCUGGUCCUAUUGAGUUUGAAGAAUGUAACACAUCCAAUGCAGUUGAAGGGAUAAAACCACGGAAGAGGAAGCCCUUUGGUUUAUCAGGAAUAAUGAAAAAAGAAAAAGAUACUGAAUCUGUGGAAUGUCCAGAUGCAGACUCAGUUAACAUUCCUGAUGUAGAUGAUGAAGGAUUCAGCAUUAAGCCAGAAGCAACACAGGAUACCAAAGAGAAUCAUUUCUAUUCAUCCAGUGAUUCAGACUCUGAAGACGAUGAACCCAGGAGGUUCCAUGUAGAAAUAAAGCCUGUCCAGCCAAAUAACAGCUCUCAGUAUACCAUGCCUUCCUUGGAUGAAUUGAAAGUAUCUAUAGGGAAUAUCACUCUUUCUCCACCAGUAUCUCAGAGACACAGUCCUGCACAAAUGAAUCGAAAUUCAUCCAGUGAAGAGUUAACAAAAUCUAAGAUUUCUGCUCCAACUAAUGAAAAGGGGAACAGUGACCUCCUGGCAUGGGAUCCACUCUUCAGCAGUUCUCUUGAAUCUUCCUCUUCAGCUUCCUUGGCAUCUUCAUCCUCCUCAGCUACUCUGAAAGAUCACAGUGUGAGCUCCUCCUCAUCCACCACUGAUUUGCCUGGGUGUAGAGUAUCUCAGUGUUUGCCUGGACACCAGACAGAUUCUGGGUCUACAAGUCCAUCCUCACCAGACUUUACCAUUAGCACUUUGUGCAAAGCUGGUGUUACAGCAGCUCCAUCAGGGAAUACCAGUUCUUUAUCCUGUGUUUCACGGUCGCAGAGUCAGUGGAUUUCCUUUGCUGAUGAACUUCUUACAAUUAGACACACAAGUACAGACAAGAAGGAGCCCCAGAAAUUGCAUUUUAAAACUGAAAAUGCCUGCCUUGCCUCUUCUGCUUUGCUUGGGAAUUCUUCCAACAGCUGUGCUUCUGAGGAUCAAAGUGACCUUUUCAGUAACACUGUAUGUCUUGAACAAUUAUUCAUUGAAGAAACUCUCACUGCUGCUGAAGCUUCUUCUGCAUCAUCUUCAGCACUACUGGACUAUAGUUUAGUGUCUUCUUGUGCUCAUACAAAUAAGGCAAGGCCCACAACUCCUCUUUCUCUAGGCACCAUUGUACCCCCUCCAAGGCCUGCUUCAAGACCAAAGCUGUCUACCGGGAAACUUAGUGGGAUUAAUGAAAUACCUAGGCCAUUCAGCCCUCCAUUGACCUCUAACUCCAGUCCACCUCCUGCAGCUCCUUUGGCACGAGCAGAGAGCAUCUCCUCAAUAUCCUCCUCUGCUUCCCUCAGUGCAGCAAACACACCUACAGUUGGUGUUUCACGUGGUCCCAGCCCUGUCAGCCUUGGAAACCAGGACACCUUGCCUGUUGCAGUAGCCCUUACUGAAUCUGUUAACGCCUACUUUAAAGGAGCAGAUCCCACAAAAUGUAUUGUGAAGAUUACUGGUGAUAUGACAGUAUCUUUCCCAAGCGGGAUAAUUAAAGUCUUCACCAGCAACCCAUCUCCAGCUGUGCUCUGCUUUAGGGUAAAAAACACAAGCAAACUAGAGCAGAUUCUUCCAAAUGCACAACUUGUAUACAGUGAUCAGUCACAAAGUGACUCCAGCACUAAGGAUUUCUGGAUGAACAUGCAAGCUAUAACCUCCUACCUCAAGAAAUUAUCAGAGCAGAAUCCAUCUGCAUCCUAUUACAAUGUGGAUGUUUUAAAGUAUCAGGUAUCUUCAAAUGGAAUCCAGUCCACUCCCUUGAAUCUUGCAACUUAUUGGAAAUGUAAUGCUAGCACUACUGAUGUGAGAGUGGAUUAUAAAUACAAUCCAGAGUCUAUGAAUGUGCCUAGCAUGCUGUCUAAUGUCCAGGUUGUGGUGCCAGUUGAUGGAGGAGUAACAAGCAUGCAAUCACUUCCACCUGCAAAAUGGAAUGCAGACCAUAUGAAAGCAUGUUGGAAAAUAUCUAGCAUCUCAGAGAAGUCUGAGAAUGGAGGUUCUGGAUCGCUCAGGGCAAAAUUUGAACUUUCAGAGGGACCCAGUAAACCAGCAACACUUGCAGUGCAAUUCAUUAGUGAAGGAAGUACCCUUUCUGGAGUAGAUGUGGAGCUUGUUGGCACUGGCUAUCGGCUUUCCCUCCUUAAGAAGAGAUUUGCCACUGGACGGUAUAUGGCAGACUGCUGAUGUACCUGUGAAAGUCAUUGGAUCAGAGGAGUGCAAGAAGUUCACUCUCUACUUUUCAAACACUAUUUUAACAUGCAUUAAUUUUUCCAAAAUGUUGACCUACUUUGAGGCUGAACUACAGAACAGAAAGCGCACUUUUAAAAGUCAUUUUGCAAACUUUUUAUUACUUUAUAAUAGCACUGAAGUUAAAUUCAACACUGUCUGUAAAUUAUCAACUGCAAUAUUUGGGAAAACUUGUUGAAAUUUUGGUAAAUUUAUAUAGAUGAAGUCAAAAUAUUAACCCACAGUUGUAAUGAUAGUAUGAAAUUGUAUGUUAUACUGUAAACAUUAAACCUAAAAAUGUAGGAGAGGGAGAAAGAAAUAUUUGAGCUUUCUAUAAGUAAUAUUCAUAUUUCAGAUUCUUUAAAGAAAGCAGAGGCAAAGUCUAACGCAGUUCUUCUGUCCACUCUGCCAUGAAACCAGCUGAGUUAAAGAUGUAUGAAAGAAAUGUAACUAUGUGACCACGUAUCAUAUAUUCUUAACACGUUGGUUUAUAUAGGGGAUUUUUCUUAAGUGCAAUGUGUUACAAAAAUUGCAAAACACAGCAGAGAUUUACUUCUGCAGUUAGUUAAUUUUAUGGGCGUUUUGAUUGUUUGAAUUAAUGCUGUAGAUUUAAUUUAUUUUUUUAUGAAUUGCAUAACUUUUGUGCCUUUUAAGAAAGUCUGUGCCUAUCCAAUUUGUUAUUCACGUGCCUCACUUCCGUUUCUAAAGUUUAGCUCUUAAGAAAGGACGGUGACUGUAUCAUACACACAACUUUACAAAAAUUCCUUUGACUGAGAUUUAUUUAGAAGGCAGAUUUGCAAAAAACGGAGAUUGUUUCAAAAGAGGUUUAAAAAAAUGGAUUACUUCCUUAUGGGGUAAUUGCAAUAAAUGCAGCUGUAGUAAAAGGGGAUGUACCAUGUAGGAAUAGUAACUGUCAUGUCACCAAAGACGAGAAUCCUGCAAAAUCACCCGAGAUGGUAAAAGUAAACUUUUAAAAAGCAAAUAGCAUUUGCCUUCACUUUGACUGCAAGCCUUCAGACUAUGAGUGCUUUUGAGGUUGUGUGAUGUGAAUGUAAACAUAGUACUUCAGGAGGAAUAACAUUUUAGAAGAGUAUUUUAUAGCAGCCAGAUGACAAGUACUGCCAUUUUUAUUAGUUUAAAAUUUUACUAUAACCACCGAUUUUAACAUGUGUAUUGUCAUCUAAUCUGCUUGCCACAGCCUAAGCACAGAGAAGUGAUGUCUUUUAAAGCAAGUAAUUAAUGUAGAAGAUCUUCUAUGUAUUUGUAAUAUUAAGUGUUUUUUUAAUGCUGAAAUUAUAAGUACUUCAGGCAAAAUAAUUCAAUAGCCUGCACAUGGGGAUUUCAUAUGACUGUUUUGAAUACCGGUAUCUAUUUCCAUUUCUCUAUUAAAAUAAUAAAAUGUGCUUGAACUAAUUAAUGCAAAACCAGCAAUGAACUGAACUGCUGAAGCUUUACAAGGAAAUAAGCUAGGUAGAGGCUACAUAAAUUCUAAUGUAUAGUACACAAUUCUGCAGACCAGAGUUCCUUGUUAGUGCUAAGUAUGGCACGUACUGUACUACAGAUUUGAUUGGAAGAGUAUAUUUGGACCUUAAUUUGCUAAACUUACUGAAUGUUAGAUUUCCAACUUAAAAAAAGUUACAGGCUUGUUUACUGGAAUCUUAAUUGUAAUCUGCUUUGCAAUCAAACCAUGUUUAACAUGACAAUAUUUUGUUAAUGAAAGCCCAAAAUGUAUUGCUAUUUUUGAUCAAAUAUUACUCAGAUAUCUACAUUAAAUGAAGUACUUUUUUCAGCACUUUUAAACUAGACUUCAUUCAGGUGAUUACACAUACAUUUGUAUUGGGUGCAGGUUACAAUUUUGAAGCCAUACAAGUUCAUAGAGACUCUUUUGUAAAGAAAUUAAAAAACAAUGUAAAAAAAUACAUGUAGCUAUCUGAUAAAAACAAACAAACAAUAAACAAAACAUACAUAGCAAGCUGGUUCUUGCUUGUGUAUACAGCAAUAUCUGUUGUAGCUGCCUCCUAAGAAAAUUAAUUUGUAAACACAACUCUAAAGGAUUUGAAUUUUUGUGAAUUGUUACUACAUCAAACUGUAAAUUAGAGCAUACAAGUUUAUCGUUCAAAAAUUGUAAAUACUUCUGAUUUUUCAUGAAAUGUAAUUUUUUAAAUGCACCCAUA